AUGCAUACACCAACUCCUCUCGCCAUCUGCACUGCGCUUACUGCCCUUGCCAGUUGUAUCACGACAUCAUGGGCUCAAGAUGCGCCUGCCAUAAAGGACUCUACUAUCCUGCGCUCGACUGUUAGCUGCCCCGACUGCCCAGAGAGAAACUGCUACAAGUGCACACUCGGACACGAGAAAACCCUCCGCGCAAGCACAGGCGGCCUAGCCUGGGUGCGCUUCCUGGUUGGGUUCCGGCUCCCGGUCCCAGUUACCGAUGCAACAAAGUGCACUGUGCAGUUCCCUGCCUUCGUUCGGCCUAAUCCGUUCGCCGUGAAUGUAACCGUCGCCCGCGCGCUAUCCUCCGACUGGGACGAAGACACAGUGGAUGGCGAGAAUGCUCCUGAAUCUGGCGAAAUCUUCACUAGCAUGUUGCUCGAGCCGUAUCAAAACAUGCAGGCAAUGGAUAUCACUGCGGCAUGUAAGGGUGCGCAGGCCAACGGGGAGUUUUCGAUCUACGUGGGCACUCAGUCCGACAGUAUUGAGAUCUGGUCAAAGGAUUCUGGUGCUCCUGCGAUUCUCCAUGUCAGCGGGCCUGUGUGCAAGGCAUCCUAG